UACUUGUUUCAGGGUCGAUGUAUCAUCUCCUUCGUGAUUAAAAAUUUCAUUUAUAUCGUUAAUUGGUUGUUCCCUAUUUUACAGGACGGGGGAAAUGGCUUUUAAUCAACAACAAAUCAAUCAGCGAACUUUCUUCGACCUUCUCCACUCUUCAUUUGGACUUUAUAUCAAACAUUCUACUGGUGAGUAGGAAAUACAUCUACAUUGCAUCUGUUCCACACUUGUAAACAAAGAUCUGUGAUGUCUGAGACAAGAAAUUGAACCACAAUAGAUUAACUCACAGACGUUUGUUGCUUUUUAAGAAUUGCUCAAGAAAUAAUAUGGAGAACGUUGAUCACUUGGACACGUGUAACACACCUGUUAACAAUACAGAUACAGUUAGAGAGACAGACGGAGAUGAAAAAGGUGAAAAUGGAAGCGUUCCUGAAUAUCGCUGCGAGAUUUGUCGGAAGACAUUCUCUUCAGAAGAUGAAGUCGUCACACACAAAGAAAUACACAGUAAAAAGAGACCGGUUCAUUGUGAGACGUGUGGAAAAUCAUUUCUUAGUAAAUCACAUCUCGUAGUUCACAAGCGUAGCCACACUGGCGAAAAACCAUUCAAAUGUGAAAUAUGUGAGAAAACUUUCAGUCAGAAUUCUCACCUUCAGAACCACAGACGUAGUCACAGUGGAGAAAAGCCUUACCGUUGUGAGACAUGUGGGAAAUUUUUCACUCAGAAUUCUCACCUUUUGGUUCACAAACGAAGUCACACUGGAGAAAGACCGUUCCAUUGUGAAAUAUGUAAGAAGUCUUUCACUCAGAAUUCUCAUUUUCUUUACCAUAAACGUUGUCACACUGGAGAAAAACCAUUCCAUUGUGAAAUAUGUAAGAAGUCUUUUAUUUCUCGUGGCAACUUAACAGCGCAUGAAAGAAUACACGCUUCUGAAAAACCUUACCAGUGUGAAAUAUGUGGCAGAGCUUUUGCGUUUGAACCGGAUUUAAAGAAACACAACAGGCUGCACGCCAUGGAGAAACCUUUCCAUUGUGAAAUAUGUGGAAAGUCUUUCCCUCAGAAAUCUCACGUUGUAGUUCACAAACGUAGCCAUACUGGAGAAAAACCGUUCAAGUGUGAAAUAUGUGAGAAAUGUUAUGCAUGUAAAAAGACAUUAAUUUUGCAUGGAAGAGUUCACAGUGGCAAGCAACCAUUCAAGUGUGAGAUAUGUGGGAAAUCUUUUAGUUCGAGCACCAAUCUAGCAAUACACAUACGAAUACACACGGGAGAAAAACCAUUCCGUUGCGAAAUAUGCGGGAAACCUUAUGGUUCUGGUAGCGCCCUAAUACAACACCGAAGGGCACACACCGGGGAAAAACCUUUCCAUUGUGAAAUCUGUGGGAAAUAUUUUGCCUCUCUUAGUGAUUUGAAGAUUCACAAAAGAUUACAUACAGGAGAAGAAGCACCAUUCCACUGUGAAAUCUGUGGAAAAUCUUUUAACUGGAAUUCUCAUCUAAUUGAGCACGAACGUUAUCACACGGGGGAAAAACGUUUUCAGUGCGAAAUCUGUGGACAAUCGUUCACUCAGAAAUGUCGUUUAGUUGAACACGGACGCUACCAUACAGGAGAAAGACCAUUCCACUGUGAAGUAUGUGGGAAAUGUUUUGUGUCUUCUAAUAAAUUAAAGAAUCAUCAAAGGAUUCACUCUCGAAGGAAACCUUUCGACUGUGAAACGUGAUAAGUUUCUUUUCUUUGUAGAAUGUAUUAUGAUGAUGAAAUAUUUCAGAAAUCGUUCUCCAUCUUCUGGUCUUGUGAUGCACAAAUGCCAAGGGGAGAAAGAUGCGUUUGCUGCUAAGUUUUAGACAGUCACCAUUUCGUGAAUGACGAUGAGAGAAAUACUGGUUCCAGACCUUCGCCGGCAUUUUUAUGUCCAUCUUUCCACUCUUGCAUGGUUUUGAUAGUUUGUUGAGGCAGAUGUGAGGUAGUGAGUUCAAUUCCUAGACCGGGCUGCGUGUUGUGUUCUUGAGCAAGACACUUUAUUUCACGUUGCUCCAGUUCACUCACCUGUAGAAUUGAGGUACGACGU